UUGGAUCUCAAUUUUUCAAUUUAGUGGAUUGGCAUUAGUUAUACUAACAGUCUGAAGUUAGUUCUUAUUUAGUGCACAUUUCACACUUGUUUUUCAAGUAUUGACCAGCAUUGACUUUAAACUUUAAACGGCAGCAUGAGUAAAUGCUAUAUUAUGCUAUCAAUUAUCUGAUAAUUAUUAUCAGUUGUCACAUUACCAAGUUAAUAUAAUUCGCAGUUGUAUAACGCGAACGAAUCAUGGCAUCAACGAAAAGAGUGCUUAUGAUUUGUUUAGGAAAUAUUUGCCGUUCACCCAUAGCGGAGGCAGUUUUCAUUCAGCAAGUAAAUCAGUUAGGCUUAAGUAACUCAUGGGAAGUAGAAAGUGCAGCUCUUAUAGGAUAUCAUACUGGCAAAAAUCCAGAUCAUAGAGCCAUGUCUACAUUAAGGGACAAGGGUAUCACAAAUUAUUCUCAUAAAGCAAGACCAAUCACCGAGGAAGAUUUUACCAAGUUUGAUUGGAUAUUUGGAAUGGACAAUAAUAACAUUCAAGAAUUGAACAAUAUGAAACCUAGUAAUAGUACUGCUAAAAUUGAACUUCUCGGAAAAUACGAUCCACAAGGAGAAACGAUAAUAAGAGAUCCGUAUUAUGAUAGCAAUAGUGCUGGAUUCCACAAGGCAUAUGAACAAUGUGUA